AUGGCCACCUGGUCAGGACAGCCUGCUAUCAGGGGCAACUCUGAAGCAGUGCGCAUGAUUUUAUUGUGUUUUGUCACUAUUGGCAUAACUAAUACUUCGCUGGUAUGGAUUGCUGGUCCUUUGUCGGGUCUUGUAGUUCAGCCUGUCGUAGGCGUCAUUGCAGACGAAAGCAACCUCUUGAUUUUAGGUUUUACACGUGAGAUCAUCGGUUACUUCAUAACCGAUGAGGAGGCUGCGAAGCGACCCACGAUAGUACUGGCUGUAUUAGCCAUCUAUGUCGUCGAUUUCGCCAUCAAUGCUGUAAUGUCAUGUUCGAAGAGUCUCAUCGUGGAUACUCUGCCGAUUGAGAAACAACAAUCGGGAGCGGCUUGGUCAAGCCGCAUGUCCUCCAUUGGCCAUAUGAUUGCGUAUGGGGCUGGGGCGGUAGAUCUUAUAAGCAUUUUUGGGAAAACACUGGGCGAUACACAAUUCAAGCAGCUUACCGUCAUCUCAACGGUUGCUCUUCUGAGCUCAACGGCUCUCACGUGUUGGGCCGUUACAGAACGUGUGCUGUUAACUUCGAAACCCGCCAAACAUGAAGGCCGCUUCAAGGUCUUUCGCCAGAUCUGGUCGACACUGCUCAACCUACCCCCUCGCAUACAGGCUAUCUGCUGGGCACAGUUCUGGGCUUGGAUCGGAUGGUUUCCAUUUCUUUUCUACAGCACCACAUGGGUGGGCGAGACAUACUUUCGCUACGAUGUGCCUGCCGAUGCCAGGAAAUCCGAGGAUACCCUGGGUGCAAUUGGCCGUAUAGGAAGUACUGCGCUGGUCAUGUACUCGGUGAUCACUUUUGCGGGUGCAUGGGUUUUGCCUAUGUUGGUUCAAUCGCCAGAGGACAAUACAUUUACCCAUCGACCUCCUCAAGCCAUUGCAGGCCUCUUGACAAGCUUCAACAAGUUGAAACCUGAUCUCUUGACAGCAUGGGUUUUUGGGCACUUGAUGUUUGCCGCAUCGAUGGCCUUGGCGCCUUUCGCAACUAGCUUCCGGUUUGCAACGGUUUUGGUGUGUCUCUGUGGCAUACCGUGGACGUUGGCCAUGUGGGCUCCAAGUGCCUUCCUCGGCGUUGAGGUCAACAAGAUGAGCGGAGAGACGGGGGCAGACGGUACCUACCGCCGUAUCUCGGACGAACCUGAUAUCGAGCUUUCCGAGGUCAGCCACAACGAUGCACCUCUGCAUUUGGACCAUGGUUCAGAGGUCGACCUACCUUCUACAGCCUCCACAGGCGAGCUGUCGGGCAUCUACUUCGGCAUUCUCAACAUCUAUACCACCCUGCCGCAGUUUGUAGGCACUUUCAUCUCGACCAUUGUUUUCGCCAUUCUCGAACCUGGUAAGAGUCCCGAAUUAGCAGACGAUGCUAAGAAGCAGCCUGAUCCAGAUGGUCCAAACGCGAUUGCGGUUUGCUUGUUCAUUGGAGCCAUGAGCAGUGUAGUUGCGGCAUACGUAACCCGAAAGCUGAAGGUUAUGUAA